ACUAAAGGAGUAAAUCAAAGAGGGUCCUACGAAGACAAAAUGUCGAUGAGGUGGAUAGUCCCCUGAUAUACCACGUCUACAUACAAGGCCGAAAGACGUAGAUCACCUUAUCUUUUCAACAUGUGGGAAAGAUCAAACAUCAUCCAAUCUUAAAGACCUGUAGAGAGAGAGAGGGAGUGAAAGACUACUAGCAUGGCUGUAAGCUCAGCAGUUUUGUCGUGUCCGACAAUGCAGGGAAUACGCAGGUCAAUGGCGGCGGAGAUGAGAACAUUACGGUGGGGAGCCAACUGCCAGUUGUCAACUGUAAAACCCUCCAAGUAUUCAUCUAAAUUCUCUACCGACGUUCUCUUGCACGAGUCUCCUCAGGCGUUGUUCGAUGAGUAUUUGGAGGAUAAACCGAGGGUUUUCAAAGCAAUUUUUCCUGAUAAACCGAAAAGUUAUAGGCUUAACGAGGAAGAAUGGAGAAUCCACAUGUCACCUAAAAAUUUCCUCUUCCUCACUGCAUGGCCAGUGGUGGACAUGCGGAUUAGAUGCAAAUCCAACGGUCAAGAUUAUCCACCGGAUGUACCUCUAAACAUAACCAAAGUUCUUGAGCUUAACAUGAUGAAAUGGGAGCUUCAAGGGCUUGGCCAGGUCAUGGAACAGUCUGACUUCGUUCUUGGAGUCAAAGGAGCAUUGUACCCAGACCGAGGCGGAAGCCACACAAGGCUCAAAGGUCGAUUAGAGAUGAACAUAAGCUUCGUCCUUCCUUCGGUUCUUGGGUUUGUGCCCGAAGAUGUUAAGAAAAGCGUAGCCAAUGCGAUUUUGACUGGUUUGGUGGAUAGCAUGAAGCAUAAGGUUAUUGAGAGCUUGCUCGCUGAUUAUAACAGGUUCAAGAAUGAAAGAAAAACACACAACUAGUUCUUAUUCUCAAGGCUUUAAGCUAAAUGUAAUUUACGCUUGCGUUUAAUAAAAAUAAUAAACAAAACAAUUUGCAUCA